AUGGAGGUGAACGAGUGCCAGGUGUGGAGCAAGAACAGCACCCAGCGCCUCGCGGCCAAGACCCGAAUAAUCCACGAAAACUGGAACUUGGCUUAUUCCGCCGCCUUCAUCCUCUGCGAAAUCCCUGCCUCCCUCGAGCCGACCCGCGUGGUGCCAGUCGUCAACGGCCGCGGCGAAAGGAGCUCCAGUCUGUCCGUCAGGGUGUUCCCCGAAGGACCCCCCGCUGGGAACCUGAGCGUAUGCGUCAAGCCCUUCCACUACGAGUUCAAUAGAGCUGUGUGGUUGGUGGAGUUCAUCGAGUUCUACCGGCUGCUGGGAACGGAUCAGUUCAUAUUAUACAACCACACGGUGGGCCCCGACGUCCAGGAGGUCCUCACCUUCUACCAGAACCUUGGGGUAGUCACGGUCCUCCCUUGGGCGCUGCCGGUCGCGUCCCAAAAGCAGAUUAGGACAGAGGGGAUCUUCGCGGCCCUGAAUGACUGUAACCUCAGGUCGGUGGGUCGCUAUUCCCUCGCAGCCAUGGUGGACGUGGACGAGUUCUUGGUGCCCAGGAAGCACAGCAGUCUCCCCGAAGUGGUGCAGUCGCUUGGGGAAUUUGAUGCUUAUAUCUUCCAAAAUGUGUUCUUCUACCUGUACUGGGAGAACGACACGGCGGUGCACGACGCGCUCUACGGCCGCGAAGACGCCCUCGGCCCGGGUCUGUUCGGCGAAGAGGCCCUCGUGCCCUACCUCCUGACGGCGUAUAAGACGCGGCGGCUGACCACGCCCCACAAACCCGGUCAGCGCUCCAAGUACAUCGUCCGGCCCGAGCGCGUCGUGGAGGUCGGCAACCACGUCGUCUGGGAGCACGUGGAUGCUAAGAAGGUUAAAAAUGUGCCAACGAAUCUCGGCCUGUCCCACCACUACAGGAUUGUGAGUUUGGAGGGUUCGACUGCCUCAAACAACCGAACCAGUGGUGUGGCGUUGCUUGCGGUGGACCGACAAACACACGAGUGGCUCCUCCCCCUGGCGAAGAGAGUGGCGUCCUCGUGCUCCAAAAUAUUCCCUUCGCUCGGCAGGUGUCCAAAAAGCUCCUCCACUCGGCUCUCCAUGGUGAAGCGUUGCAGGGUUUUUCUUCAAACUCCAUGCAUUCAUUCGCACACGAGCCGUUCGGGGCGUUCUCUUGUGCACUUCUGUUUACACUCGUCAACUUCCCUGCACCACGCGUCUGCUCGACCUUAG